AUGGAUGCUAAAGUUGCCCUCUUUGUUUUGUUCACGUUUUUCGUUUUAUGUUCACCCCAACCACUGGAGAGGAACCAAUAUGCACCAUGCAAACACCUGAUCCUCUAUUUCCACGACAUCAUCUACAACGGAAGGAACGCUCCAAAUGCGACCUCCGCAAUCGUAGCAGACCCACAAGGUGCCAACCUAACCAAGCUGGCCACUCAAUUCCACUUCGGAAACCUGGUGGUUUUCGAUGACCCCGUCACGUUGGACAACAACCUUCACUCGGAACCUGUUGGUAGGGCACAGGGCUUCUACAUUUACGACUCCAAAAACACUUUCACCGCGUGCCUUGGAUUCACCUUUGUUCUCAAUAGCACAUAUCAUCAGGGAACCAUCACCUUCGCUGGAGCUGACCCCGCCUUGAAGAAGACCAGAGACAUCUCAGUCACAGGUGGCACUGGUGAUUUCUUCAUGCAUAGAGGAAUCGCCAUCAUUAUGACCGAUGCUUUUGAAGGUGAAGUUUAUUUCCGCCUUCGUGUUGAGAUUAAGUUUUAUGAGUGUUGGUGA